GUAAACUCAGUGUCGCACUAUUUACCCAUCCCUGGUAAUGUGGUCAUACGUAAAACACAUGGGCCGGCUUCCAAAACAAACUUCUGACUCUCAUAUACGAUUUGGAGCAAGUCUUUUUAAAGAAGCAAGUUCAUAAAAUCUAUACUUAUUUUCACUUUUAUUUAGUUUAAAAUGGAGCAACAGACUGAAACGGUCGACCCAAAUUUAAAUGCUGAGGCUUACAGAAAUUUGACCUUGGCGAAUAAUCUGCUUCAUGACAAACAGCUCGAGGUUGUUAUUGUGCACAGAGAUGACAGUUUGGUACUCGGAGCCAGUAACAUGGUAGAUCGUUACUGGUAUGGAACACUGUGGUAUUUUAGUGAGCCUGUAGGUUUUGAUCGCAACAGUUACUCAGCUGCUACAAGAACUGAAAGUGGAGUGCGUGAUGCUGUGUUCCUUGGAAAACAUGACAAAUUUUUUGUUGGAGAAGACAGUGGGCUUGUGCAAAUCUACGAAGUAACACUAAACACAGACACUAAGGCAAAAGAUUUGCAAUUCACAGGCUACUCUUGCCAACAUGAUGACAGUGUUACAUCAAUCGCAGCUUUCUAUGACAAUACUCACACUGUCUCAGGAGGAAUGGAUUGCAACAUCAAAAUCUGGGAUACAACAGAAAUGAUAACCACAUUAUCAUUCAAUCAGGCUCAAACUAAUGUUAUUACUGGCAUUGCAGCACAAUUUGAAAGUGAUACAGUGUUUGUGUCUACAUCUUUGGAUUCUGAAGCACUUCUUUGGGAUAUAAGAGAUCCAAAACCGGCUACUGGUUUAUGGGAAAAACAAGAUUGUGGUCUAACAGCUGUGUCUUGGAAACCUAACGAUCAAAAUGUUUUGGCUCUUGGAGCCGAAGAUGGAAGUGUUAUCAUAUUAGAUAUUCGACACAUUGGUCCUAAUCCUAUACAUGAAUCUGUCCAGUUUCCUCGUGGAGUAAGAAAAUUACUGUUCAAUACAGUAAAUCCAACUCAGUUGGCAGGCUGUUGUGAUUCUACGGAAGUUAAAGUUUUAAAUGUUAAAGAAGAUAAUGUAGAAGUUAUUUUUGAAAACAAUGCACAUUCUGACUUUGUUCGAGGACUGGCAUGGCACCAAAAUGAUUUGAUAACGUGCUCCUGGGACAAUACAGUGUUACGACAUUCUAUAGUGUCUUGAAUAGUUUAAACAAGCGUAUUUUUACAAAUAUAAAAAAUGUAUUUGUUUCUUUUUUUCAAUGCCACAAAAAAUUUUCUU